GCGCGCUACAGGUCGUGCAUUCACGCAACACAGGCGCACACGUCACUGCAGCACUUUUCGUACAGGCGCUUCAAUUGAUAUACUACCGAAUCUACAGAAUCCCCAAGAUAGUAUGUCCAUCACGAUUCCACUCGACUUAUACAGCAUUCGAUUUAACCUCUUGCGUGAAUAAAUCCGUCUGCACUUUGAUGCUUUUCGGCCUAGUGUAGUUUAGCCUAAUUUGCAAGCCGCUAACAAAGAGACGCGUUUGGAAGCGACACAAUGCUGAACUCAAAUCAAGUGUGAUCGUGUGAGAAUGUGCGCAAGAAUGACAGCAGAGUACGACGAGGAACUUUGUGGAACAAACGAGGAGAACGAGCGACACCGCCAACGAAUGGAUGCUGGUUUUCAGAAGCAUCGAGUUGGGCUACAAACAGCAGACGUCAGUAAAAACCUUCGUUCGUCUUUGUCAGAUCUUCAGUCUCCUUGGACUAAAGAAAAGGUGAAAGAUAAAGAACCCCUCCAAAUAAAAGAGGAGGAAGAAGACUUUCUGUACAUCAAGGAGGAAGAGCAAGAAGAUAUCAUCAAGGUCCUGUUGACUGAUGUCCCUUUGCCAAGUGAAGAUGAUGAUGAAGAAAGUGAGGACAGCAGAGGAACAAGCAGCAGGAGCAGCAGCAUCAGCAGCUCAGAUCAACACAUGACAGGGGCUGACAAAGACCAUUGUGGAGGAUCACAAGCAAAUGGACUCAUAGCUCCAUUAUCAGAUAGUGACGACGAAACAUCACGGUCACAUGAUGAUAACGACGAAGAUGACAUUGAAGAUGAUGCCAGUUGUAAAAAUGGCAACUGUAAUAGUGAUGAUGAAGAAGAGUCCGAACUUGAUACAAAGUGUCACAGUAACAAAAAACGUUGGAAAUGUUCUCAGUGUGGGAAAACCUUUGCUUUUAAGAGCCGCUUGAAAAAUCACAUGAUUAGCCACACUGGGGCAAAACCUUUCCCAUGCUCAGUUUGUGGUCAGAGAUUCUCUGAAAAGGGAAACUUAAGGAGACACACAAGAACACACACUGGGGAAAAACCUUUUGUCUGCUCAGUUUGUGGUCAAAGAUUCACUCAGAAGGGGCCAUUAAUAUAUCAUACAAGAACACACACUGGGGAAAAACCUUAUUCUUGCUCAAUAUGUGGUCAAAAAUUCUCUCAUAAAGGAUACUUAAAAAGUCACACCAGAACCCACACUGGAGAGAAACCCUUUGUCUGCACAGUAUGCGGUCUAAGUUUCUCAGAAAAUGGUACUUUGACAAAACACACUAAAACACAUACUGGAGAAAAACCAUUUCCCUGCUCAAUUUGUGGUCAAAGAUUCUCUCACAAGGGAAACCUAAUUAGUCACACAGCAACCCACACAGGAGAUAAACCUUUUGUCUGCUCAAUAUGUGGACAAAGAUUCUCUCGUCGACAUGCUUUGACAACACACGCACGAGCACACACUGGAGAAAAACCUUAUGCCUGCUCAAUUUGUGGUCAAAGAUUCUCUCGUAGGCACGUUAUGACAUCACACAUGAGAACGCACACUGGUGAGAAACCUUUUGAUUGCUCAGUUUGUGGUCAAAAAUUUUCUAAAAAGGCAUCCUUAAGAAGUCACUCAAGAACCCACACUGGUGAAAAACCUUUCGUUUGCUCAGUAUGUGGCCUUAGAUUCUCACAGAAAGGAACUUUAACAAGUCACACAAGAACACACACUGGUGAGAAACCUUUUCCAUGCUCCGUUUGUGGUCAAAGGUUCUCUCAGAAGGGAACCCUAACAAGUCACACACGGAUUCAUACGGGUGAGAAACCUUUUGCUUGCCUAGAUUGUGGUGAAAGAUUCUAUCAGAGGGGCAAAAUUAAGAGACACAAGUGUAUUGGUAACAUUACAAGUGAUCAAUGAAAACUUGUAACAUUACAAGUGAUCAAUGAAAUAUUGUAUGAAAAUAUUUAUACUUUUAGAGAAUUCUCCUCAAAGGUUUCCUGUGGACAAAUGUUAAGAAUUAAGCAUCUUUGUCUAACAAUUUUGUGUAAAGCAUAUUGAUUG